AGACAAGCGAGCGAUAUGUAGAGUUCUGUGUUACUGACAGUUUCCCGUAAGUCAGUGUGUAAAAACAUAUUGCCUUCCCUUUCAUUUCCUUCUAAAUAACAGAGAUAACAAUUUGUUUUUGUUCAGAUAUUGGACAGUGACAACACACGGUUAGGGAGUUAAAAAUUUCAACACAACAUUCGUGCAGGACUAACGGUAUUCAGAAUGAACAAACAGCGGUGCGGGAGAAAGCGGAUAGGAUCGGGCGAGUGAAAGCCACGCCAGUGCAGCCGCCGCGUCGCGUCGGACGGACGACAUAACCUCAAAUAUGUUCGCGAUAACAACAAUAACGAUAGCAACUAUCGCCGCUGCUGUAUAUUGGAUCAUGAACCGACACAAGCCUCUAAAGCACCUACUGAGCGACUUCCGAUACAUGCUGGACAUGCAGGGAGCUGGCGCGGGAGGACUUAUCGACGACUGGAUCAAUAUAAGGAGAAAUAAAAUCGAGUUGCCGGAUGCGAGCAGAAAAAUCGCCGUUAUAACUGGCGGAGCGCGCGGCAUCGGUACCGAAGUCAUCAGGGGUCUGCUUAAAGCUAAUGUCACCGUUAUAAUGGGCAUUCGAAAACCAGACGCGGCUAAAAAGCUGAUGGAAACAAUGGAGAAUGGGAAAAAUUUACAUGUAUUCUCACUUGAUUUACAAUCACAGAAGUCGGUUAAGGAAUUCGCUAAUUGCGUCACAAAGAAGUUUCCAGAGAUUAAUUAUCUAAUAAACAAUGCUGGGAUAAUGUACGGAGAUUAUAAGUUGACUGAGGAUGGGAUAGAGUCACAGUUUGCUGUGAAUCAUUUGAACCAUUUCUAUUUGACACAUUUAUUGUUGCCAGCAUUAAAAAAGGCGGGCAGAGUAGAGGAGCCUUCAAGAGUUGUCAAUGUCUCUUCUUGUGGUCAUUAUCCUGGAAAAAUAUUUUUUAAUGAUAUCAACAUGAAAGAACAUUAUGACACAAUAGCUGCUUAUGCCCAAUCUAAACUUGCACAGAUAAUGACAACUAGAUAUCUCAACAAAUUGCUUGAAAAUCAAGAUGCAAAUGUAAAGUUUUAUUCCGUACAUCCCGGAAUCGUUGACACGGAUUUGUUUGAGAACACAACCUUCAACAAACUGCCUUGGCUGAAGAAGAUAUUCUUCAAAACUCCGGAAAAAGGAGCUACACCAAUACUAUUUGCUUGUUUUAACAAAGACAUUGAAGAGAGAGGCGGACUCUACAUCAGCAACUGCGUAGAAGGAAUAAGCAAUAGAUAUUCUAAAAAUGUAGAUAAUCAGAAUAAACUAUUUAAUAUUUCCUGUGAAUUAACUGGUAUUGAACCUGACAAGUUUGGACAAAAUUAACUGACCAUUUUUACAGUUCUAAGCUUUGACAAACACUUUUGCAAAUUUAUACUAUUUAAAUUAU